CCAACUUUCGUAAUAGGUGAACGUUAUUACACCUCUAUUUGGCAAAACUCUUGCCAUUCUUUCUAUUCAUAGAGUUCUCCCUUUAUUUUCUCCCCCUUUUUGACCAUGAAUUAAAGCCCCUUUAUUAUAUACACACUUGAUUUUACAUGGCACAUGACCUACAAGUUGAACUCAAGGUAGCCAAAUAAUAUAAGAGAGAAAAAUCAUGAACCUUAGCUUUGUAUAUAUAUAUACAUGUGGAAAGUGGGGUUUUGCAACUUCCACGCAUUAACGAGCUUAACCCAACAAGAAGACCACAAUCAAAGCCAUGUUAUUGGAAAGCCUAAUCUCUCUCUUUUUUAUCACGUUAAUCUUCUUUUCCUCAAACAUCAACUGCCUCAUCUUACCCCAUCAUAAUCAUCAUAAACACCACCCAACUACUUCUUUGUUCAUCUUUGGGGACUCCAUAUUAGAUGUAGGUAAUAACAAUUAUAUCAAUACCUCGACCCUUGACCAAGCUAAUUUCUGGCCUUACGGCAUCACUUUCUUCCACCUUCCCACCGGGCGUUUCUCCGAUGGCCGUCUCAUUUCCGACUUUAUUGCUGAGUACGCAAGUCUUCCAUUGAUUCAACCAUAUCUUCAACCGGGGAAACGUAGUUAUUAUGAUGGUGUCAACUUUGCAUCUGCCGGAGGUGGUGCUCUUGUUGGAACUUAUCAAGGAUACGUUAUUGACCUUCAUAUGCAACUAAGAAACUACAAGAAGGUGGAAAAAUGGUUUAAAAACAAGUUAGGAGAUGUUAAAGCAAAGAGGAGGUUGGAAAAAGCAGUGUACUUGUUUAGUAUUGGCACAAAUGAUUACGCGAGCCUAUUCUUCAUCAAUUCAUCUACUCUUCUUACUUCUUACUCCAAAUCUGAGUACGUUAGUAUGGUAAUCAGGAACAUCACUUCCGUGGUUAAUGAAAUAUACAAGACAGGUGGGAGAAAAUUUAUGUUUUUAAAUCUGCCCCCAAUGGCUUGUGCUCCUGGCAUUAGAAUCAUGGAUACUACAGGAAAAGGUGAUUGCCAACCUGAACUUUCAAGUUACAUCAGGCUACACAACGACGCCAUUUUCCAAGUCUUAAGAGGGCUAACGAAACAGUUACCAGGGUUCAAAUACGGACUUUAUGAUUUCUAUACAAGUACCUUGCAAAGAGUCAAUUACCCUUCAAAAUACGGGUACAAGGAAGGGAAAACAGCAUGUUGUGGGACUGGCAAAUUCCGCGGGGUACCCAGUUGCGGGGGAAAAAGACAUGUGAAAGAGUAUGAAUUAUGCAAGAAUAUAGAUGAUCAUAUAUUUUGGGAUUUCUUGCAUUUGACAGAGAAGGCUUAUAAGCAAAUGGCAGAUGAGAUGUGGAGCAACGAAAAUUAUAUUCAUGAUCCUCAUCACGGUUCAUACACCAUUAAGCACCUGUUUCACUUGCCAUAGUUCCUUAUACUAUAUAGUGUAGUAUAUAUAUUUUAAUUUUUUCCAUUAGUAUAUAUAUUAAACUUCCAUUUUCUUUAUCUAGUGGGUUUGGGUCCUACUGCCAGUUGAUCCCCCAACCCAGUUAAAGUUCAACCUCUCCUUGUAAGAACACAACCAAUCUUACCUGGGAUAGAAUUCUUGUACAAGAGGUAUGUGGAGGUUAAUAAGAUGAGCAAGAGCUCUAUUGGUAUUAGUAUA